CGGCAGGGGGGUCCAGAAGUCAACACCAUGUCGAGUCUACAUAAGAGCCGGAUGGCAGAUUUCCAGGAUGUCCUGAAGGAGCCCUUGAUUGUGUUGGAAAAGCUGCGGGAACUCAGUUUUAGUGGCAUCCCCUGUGAGAAAGGACUGCGGUGCCUCUGCUGGAAGAUUCUCCUGAACUACCUCCCCUUGGAGAGAGCUUCAUGGACUUCCAUCCUGGCCAAGCAGAGGGAGCUGUAUUCUCAGUUCCUGAGGGAAAUGAUUAUCCAGCCUGGCAUUGCUAAGGCCAACAUGGGUGUGUCCAGGGAGGAUGUGACCUUGGAGGACCAUCCACUCAACCCCAACCCUGACAGCCGGUGGAACACCUACUUCAAGGACAAUGAGGUGCUACUGCAGAUUGACAAAGAUGUACGGAGGUUGUGCCCAGACAUAUCCUUCUUCCAGAGGGCCACUGAGUACCCCUGCCUCCUCAUCCUGGAUCCCCAGAAUGAGUUUGAGACCCUUCGUAAGCGGGUGGAGCAGACGACGCUGAAAUCCCAGACAGUGGCCCGCAACCGGAGUGGGGUCACAAAUAUGAGUUCCCCACACAAGAAUACUGGGCCGUCAUCCCUGAAUGAGUACGAGGUGCUGCCCAACGGCUGUGAGGCCCACUGGGAGGUGGUGGAGCGGAUCCUGUUCAUCUAUGCCAAGCUCAACCCUGGCAUUGCAUAUGUGCAAGGCAUGAACGAGAUCGUGGGGCCCCUCUACUAUACUUUUGCCACCGACCCCAACAGCGAGUGGAAAGAGCACGCUGAGGCAGACACCUUUUUCUGCUUCACCAACCUCAUGGCCGAGAUCCGGGACAACUUCAUCAAGAGCCUGGACGACUCACAAUGUGGCAUCACCUACAAGAUGGAAAAGGUGUACUCCACCUUGAAGGAGAAGGACGUGGAACUCUACCUGAAACUGCAAGAGCAGAACAUCAAGCCCCAGUUCUUUGCCUUCCGCUGGCUGACACUACUACUGUCCCAGGAGUUCUUGCUGCCUGACGUCAUCCGUAUCUGGGACUCCCUCUUCGCCGAUGACAACCGCUUUGACUUCCUCCUCCUCGUCUGCUGCGCCAUGCUCAUAUUGAUCCGGGAGCAGUUGCUGGAAGGGGACUUCACCAUAAACAUGCGGCUCCUGCAGGAUUACCCCAUCACAGAUGUCUGCCAGAUCCUACAGAAAGCCAAGGAACUCCAAGACUCAAAGUAGCCUGGCAGCAUGAGGCCCAGUUUUUGGAGAGAAGCCACCCGACCUCUGUGCCGUGGCAUCCAGGAUGUGCAGCCGCCUGUGGGAUCCCCAGCCCAAGAAGAGGCUUCAGGAUCGGCCCAUUCCAGGCCUUCUUGCCCUGGCUCUUGCCACCCAGGCCGCUCCCACUAGGGGCACACUGUGCUGUGCUCCUUCCCUGCCCAGCAAGUCCUGGCCCCUCCCUGCUCUUUAGCCCUGUGCCCCUUUGCCCAGGCCGCUGAGCAGGGUCAGAGCUCGUGAGGUUGUUUUGUGGAGCUGGGGGCCAUUCGGGGGCACUGGGAGGCUGGCAAGGGCCCCUCCCUGCCUCUCCUCUGUUGCUCCCUUUCUUGUUUCCUGCCUCCGGCCUUCUGGGCACUGGUCAGGGGAGGUGCUUGGCAAAUGGGCCAGAAACCACUUCUGCUGGGGGUUGGUGCUCAGGCUUCUCCAUUGGGAAGGUGAUUCUGAAGGAGCUAAGCAGUUGCCAGGCCCAGGUCACACCUUUGUCUCCGUCUCACUGUUGGUGUGUGUGUCCCUGAAUCCCCCAGGUGUUUGUUUCUCCCCCAUGUGUGUGCGCGCAUGCGUGUGUGAGGGUAUCAUUGUGUCCAUCUCGGCCUCUGCUGCUUCUGUCUCUCUACCUCUCUGUCUCUGUCCCCUCCACCUCUUCUCUGGAGGGUGUGCGUGGCUCUCAUUCUGUGUGGCCCUCCUCCGUUACUCUCCCUCUGCCCUUCUCUUGGGGUGCCUUAUGCUGAGCCUCUCCUCCCUCCUCCCCGCACUCCCCUGAACCUGAGAGACAGAAUGGGGAGUCUGGCUCAGCAAGGCUCCUGGAGGUCAGCUUGGGCCUUUGCAUCCUGUUUCCAUCCCCCAGCCCAAGGCUCCCUGGUCCCCCAGACUGGGUGGGAGUCCCAGUGCCUCACUAGAGGGCCUUGAACCUGCUCCCCAUGACAGAAAUCCUAGAAACCAAGAGCUGCCGAGAAACGCUGAUCCACGAAGCCUUGAGCCUCCCACCCCUGCUUUCUGCCUGGGAUGGAGGAGGGAGAAGCUGGAGAGCCGGCUCUUUCCAGAGCUUCCCAAAGUCCCUCCUGUCCCAAAAGAAAAGGGCAUUAAGGCAAUUCUGUCCCGAGUUGGAAUCUGAGUGUUUUAGGGGAGUCAUUCCUUUGGCUCCCAGGCCCCUCUCCCCCAGGGUGGUGAGUCCCACAAAGGGCAGGUGGCACCAAAGGGUGCCUCCCUGGGGCCAGGUGUAGCUGAGCUCAAAGUCCUGGGUCCUUUCAGUGCUAGGAGGGCCAUGUCUGCGCCUUUGUGAGCCCCUCCGCCCUGUGCAAGCUGAAGGAGGUGUUGGCCUUCUCCCCCGGUCACCCUGAGCAGGAGCAGUUGACUGCUCCCAGUUCUGGAGGAGCAGGGCUAUUCUGACCAAGUCCCCUCCCUCCUUUUGUAAGGAGGGUAGGAGAUUUGGGUCUGGAAAACUGGGUAAUGGAGUGAGGGGCUUCAUCCUCUCCCCAAACCGGCCAGCAGGAGCCGGGCCCCAGCAGUCCUCCUGUCCCAAAGCCUGCCUGAGUCUGGUGGGCAGGGCUUCUUGCCACCCUCCCCCGCCUGGUCCGUGGUGCUGCUGGGAUGUUCCACACUUGCCUUUUUGCCUCCUCUCCCAACAGUAUUUGGGAAACUUUUACUAUUUAUUCAGACUCCUGGCUAUUUAUUGCAGAUUGGCAAGUGCUUUGGGGCUGGGAAGGUAGAAAGGAGGAGACACAGUCCUUUUUCAUUUCCCAAGGUCAAAGUCAGCAUCCUCUUCCUCUGCCUCUGGGACCUUCCUGGCUUCCCAGCAGGGGCUCUGAGCUCUGUACUGGAGCUGAGUGUACAGGAGGCAAGAGCACUGGUACACUUGCCAGACUCAAAGACCCCUGGGAUGAGGCAGACACUGCUUCCUGCAGCCUUGUGCAUCCUCUACCCAGAACUUGUCAGCUGGUGGUUCCGCCCCAACUUUGACCCCUUCACAGUCCGAGUCUUGGGCCACUGCCUGGGACUCAGCAGACACUGCCCAGGACACCUGAUACAUUCCCUCUUCCCAUCGCCUACCCUCCCUCCUGGGACCAUACUACUUGAAUCACUACUUCUGAUUUGCCUUCAUGGCAGAGCCGGGUCCAGUGCUCUUUCCUUGACCUUAAAGUGAAGGUCAAGAGCACAAGGACCAUGUCUUAGUUAGGCUGAGCUCCCUGGUGUGAUAAUACCUGAGGAAAGGACCUGCCUUUGGUGAUUCCCCACCUCCAGAUUUUUGAGGGAGGUUCCCACAAAGCCAGAUCGUCUGAGAUUUCCUCCUUGACAAACUGCCCCCAGGACUUCAGACACUUACAGAUUGAGCUGUAUGAAUUC